AUGGACAUCCGCGGAAACCGGGACAGGGACGUUCGAAGCGGUGAUAGGGACGUUCGAAGCGGUGACAGGGGUAGGGAUUUCCGUGCUGAAGGGAAAGACAGAGGUGUCCGCGAUAAGGAGUUGCGAGACACGAACGGGGAUAAGGAUAGAGAUCUGCCAAAAAACGAGUCCAGAGGAGCGGUCAGGGAUAGACUGGAGAGGUGGAGGGGGAGAGUGAGGGACGACGAGGGAAAAGGGGGCAGGGGAACGGAGAGAGUGGGGGACGACGAGGGGAGAGGGGGCAAGGGAAGGGAGAGAGGAUCGAGCUUUUGCGAGGAAGGUUCUGAGGAAGGUUCCAUGGACCGAAAGCGACGGGCGGAGCAGACGAGGGAGGAGAGGCAGGAGGGGAGGAAGGAUGGGAGGAAGGAUGGGGGGAAGGAGCAGAGGGAGGAGAGAGAGGAGAAAAGGGUGGAAUAUUCGAGCGACGAGGGGAGAGGGAAGAGAAAGGAGGAGAGGAGGAAGGAGAGGGGUGGCAUGGAUAGAGAGCUUUCAGACGAUUCUCCUGCCGCAGCAGCAGCAGCAGCGUCUCCUGCUGAUGAAGGAGAUUCUGAGGAUGAUUCUUAUGGCCCUGCUGAGAAAGAAGAUCCGGAUAGAAGUCCCAAGCGGCCCAGAACAGGCAGCAAGGCGAACGGCGCACAGAAACGUGAAGGGAAGAGCUUAGAGAACCGCGAGGGGAACAGCCCUGCCAAGGGCAAACCGGUCGCUUCAACCAAGUCCAAGAACCCUCCUGGGAGUGCAUUGCCCUCUGCAGGUGCAUCGCCUGCUGCAGGUGCAUUGCCUGCUGGGGACGCACUACCCCCUGAGCUGGCGGCGCUGGUGAAAGCUCGUCUCGCUGCUGCCAAGGCAGGGGGAGGCGGGUGGGUGAAGGGGGGAGGCGGGUGGGUGAAGGGGGGAGGCGGGUGGGUGAAGGGGGGAGGCGGGUGGGUGAAGGGGGGAGGCGGGUGGGUGAAGGGGGGAGGCGGGUGGGUGAAGGGGGGAGGCGGGUGGGUGAAGGGGGGAGGCGGGUGGGUGAAGGGGGGAGGCGGAAUCUUCUGUCUCCUCCCGCUGCCCUCUGUAUCUCCUUUCCCUCCCUUUCCUUCCUUCCUCUCCACCCACUGCCUUUGCCCAGUGAGCAAAGGCAUUGGAGGAGCCGCAGGGAGCAAUGUUGUUGGAGGGGCAGCUCUCGGAAAGACUGGGAUGACGGCAGAGGAGAAGAGGAAGCUGCUGUGGGGCUCAAAGAAGGGGCUGAAAGGAGCGAACGCAGCACCAGCCAUGCCAGCAGCUGCUGCAGAUUGCACAGACUUAUCCAAUCUUCCCUAUGCUACCUUCUCGCCUGCCCAUCCCCCUUUUUUCUUACCUUCGCCAUGCAUCCCUGUGCCCUGGCAUGCCGUGCAGGGGUUGAAGGGAGCAAAGGCCGCUCCAGCCACGGCAUCAGCAGCAGCAGCAGCAGCCAAUGCACCAGUGGGGGUGGUGAUGUCAGAAGAAAAGCAGAGGGAGCUGCAGGAGCAGCUGGAGCGACAAUACGUGGCUGGGCUGAGACGCAAGGAUGGGAGGACGGUGGGUUUGGGGCUUUAA